AUGCACAACGGUGCCGCUGUUAAAUUGGAACCGAAAGGCCAUGCUGUCAGAGGCCUGUUUUUUGGCCAUCCUCUUUUGGAUAUGUUGACCAGUUCCUCGGUGGAGAUCUUGGCAUCUUACGGCAUUUGUGAGGGCAGUGUUGCACUCGCUGAGUCGGAACAAAUGCCAAUUUUUACGACGCUUUUAUCUUCGGAAAACACGGUCUAUCACGCUGGUGGAUCUGCUAUGAACACGGCUCGCACAAUGAAGUGGAUUUGCCCGGAAAUGAGCGUCUGUUUUGUGGGUGCCAUUGGCUGCGAUCGGUUUUGUGAAAUCCUUACGAGGGCACUGGAUGCCGCUGGGGUGGAACAUCUUUUCGAGUAUCACGACAAAAUUCCAACCGGAGUAUGUGCCUCGUUGGUUGUCCACAAGGAACGGUCCAUGUUGGCUAGCCUUGGCGCCGCCACCCAACUCUCCUUCGAGCACAUGAAAAGUUUGGAGGUGGAGAGAGCGAUUAAAAACGCUGGUUUUUAUUAUACUGAGGGUUUUUUUCUAAAUACCAUUUCUAGCCCGGAUAAUAUAAAGCUUGUGGCUGAACAUGCCCAAAGAGAGGAGAAACUAUUUUGCCUUAACCUCAAUGCUCCGUAUAUAAGCGCUGCUUUUGGUGACAAACUAAGACUUCUUCUUCCAUAUGUAGAUAUUCUUUUUGGAUGCAAAGAGGAUUUUUUUGCGUUCAGUGACAUGAUGUGGGGUGGCGAGGUUAUGGGUGACAUAAAGGAGAUACUGAUGCGUUUGGUUCAACUGCCUAAAAAGAGUGUUUCGCAUCCACGUCUCGUAGUUUGUACAUGCGGUGGGGAAGAAACUCUUGUGGGGUCUGAAGAUGGCGUCCUUGCCUACUCUGUGCCGGCCUUGGAUAAGACGCGCGUUGUGGACGUGACUGGCGCCGGGGAUGCAUUUGCCGGUGGGUUUUUGGCACAGUAUCUCUCCCACUCUAAUAUUGACCACUGUGUGGAAGCGGGCCAUGCUUCUGCGGCGGUUGUUAUUCGCCAAUGGGGGGCCAAUUUUUGCGAGAGUCCUCCUCAAUUAAAGGCACCUAACUGA